GAAUGAAUAAGAAAGACGGUGGACGAGAGUAAUCAACUUGUUUCAGUUUAUUUACAGUGCCGUAUGUGCAGCCACAUAUGUCUUUUUAUAUGUUAAAAAACUGAAUAAAGAUGAUGAGCUGUGGUGAAAUUUUUGUGCAUCGUCGAAGUACAUGAACUUAAUUCUGUGCGCACCGUAGAUUUUAAAGUAAAAACAAAAGAAUAGAAGUAGAAGGAUCACUGAAAAGUUUCAAAAUAUUCAUGUUACAAUAGUUAAUAAAUACAUGGACAUGAAUUUUUUUACAUGGCAUCAUACUCAUGACACGCUAGUCUUCAGUCUACUUUGAGAAAAAAAAAUAGGAACCACCAAAGUAAACAUCAUGCCUCGUGUUUACGUUAAUUCCGUGCCUAGCGUUCAUUUCAGUGAGUGUGGGUGGGGGUGGAGAAAUAAUUAAAUAGUAAUAGUAAUAGUAAUUCAGAAUAAGGCACAUUUUAAAUAAAUCUUUUAAACCUAAAACAAUAAUAAAAUAUGGCAUAGAUUUAAAUGCUAUAGGCAAUAGAUUAUACAGUGCCAAAACAUUUUUUUUUCUUCUGGGAAAACCCAAAGUAAAAAGGAAGAAAUGAAAGUCAAAAAGUAAAGAAUCAGAAUAUCUUGGUAUUAUAUAUUAUAAUUGUUUUUCUUUUUUGGGUUAAUUCUUAUAUUAAAAUUGCAGCUGCAUAAUCAUAAGAAUUAAGUUAAGGACUAGGCAGCUGCAUAAUCAUAAGAAUUAAGUUAAGGACUAGGCAGCUGCAUAAUCAUAAGAAUUAAGUUAAGGACUAGGCAGCUGCAUAGUCAUAAGAAUUAAGUUAAGGACUAGGCAGCUGCAUAGUCAUAAGAAUUAAGUUAAGGACUAGGCAGCUGCAUAAUCAUAAGAAUUAAGUUAAGGACUAGGCAGCAUGGUGCAGCUGGUGGUCGUUUAUCUAUUAUCACAUUUUAACUACUUUUAAUAAAAUACUUUUUAUUUUUAUUAUAUUAAAGUCAUAUUAUUAUAAAAUAUAAUAAAUUUAAUGGGAUGCAAUAUUUAUUAUUUUUAAUUCUAAUAUGUAAAAACUAUAUAGGCCUAAUAUACAAGUGAUCAUAAAUAAUUUGAAACAAUAGGUAUAAAAUAGCUUUGGACCCGUUUUUACCGGCCUGCAGAAAACUUCAACAAUGGAGCGGAAGCAUUUAACACUAAAAGAAAAACUAACCGAACACUACCAGAAACGGGAUUUUAAGCCUAAAAAAUCCUCAGCAUCCACGUAUGGAAUGAUAUUUUUUUGGACCAUGUCAGUCUCUUUAUUACUUGAGGGAAUCUUCAUCCUGCUUCCAAAUCAUUUCAAAGAGGAUAACUCUGUCUCAUCUGAGACAUCUAAUUUUAGUUCAUACAGAUGUGCUCAGCUUAUUGCCAUAUGGCUUUUUCUAGCAUCUGCUGCCAAUUGGUCUUUGACACAUUUUGCAAGUAUCAACCACGUAUUAAAGGAGACAAAAGACAAGUACUUCCCCGAUAUGCUCGCAGCGCCACCUGGUAAUAACAAAUGUUUCAAUAUUUUUGUUUAACGACACAGUUAUAAUAAAUGACAUUUUAUUUUCUAUAUUCAACUAAUCCAACAUUUAGCUUAAUCGGUUUGGUUGCAAGGACUGAAUAUGGAGUACACUUUGCAACUAUGAUACACUUUUCAUCUCUUCACCUUUCUUAUCCAUUAUUAUUUUUCUCUCACAAGUAGUUUCAGACAAUAACGAAAAGAGGAAAAAGGAAACAAACAAAAAAAAAGGUGGGUGGGAGGGGGGGGGUCAAAAGAGCAUAAUGAUGGUUUAAAAUUCCAAUUUUAUGUUGCUAACAUUAUUUAUCUAUUGUGUACAACUAACCUAAUGUAUGAAUGAAAUAAAAUUUAAAAUACUGAUUUAAUUAAAAUGAAUUCCAAUAGAUCUGCAUCUUUGUCUCUCUAUCUCUUUUAUUUUUUUAUAUAUUGUGACCAUCCCAACUCAUACAAAUUAUAUAUUACAUAUGCACAUCAAAUUAUCUUAUGUGGCUGGGGGUGAAUUUUACGUGGAUGAAUACUUUUAUAAAAAAAAUGUCAACUUACGUAUGAAUUUUUUCCAGGUUGGAAAUCAUGUUUAACGUGCAUGAUCGAUGUUCCGCAAAGAUCUCACCACUGCACCUUGUGCAAUCAAUGUAUCCUUAAGCGCGACCAUCACUGCUUCUUCACUGGGUCUUGUGUGGGUUAUCACAACCAGCGCCAUUUUGUCAUCUUUUGCCUGUAUAAUUGUCUUUCCCUUUUGUAUGCUGGUUAUCUGCAACUUACCUACUUAAAUGAGGUAAAAGAUCUACAUUUUUAAGAAGUGAAAUUAUUUUUAAUUGAAGCAUCUUAUUAAUCACUGCUGCAAAUCAUGCAGUCACAUCAUUUCACUGUCAGUUCCUGUAAGGUUAAUAUGUCAAGAUUAACUGUGGUAGCUGUUAGUAUAAUAAUUAAAGGACUGCAUUCAAAUCAAGUAAAUGAAAUAGCAAAACCAGGUAUGUGGAAGCUUGAAUUUAAGGACAGAACAAUAAGAUAAGAACGUUUCGGCUGUUAGUAAAAGCCUAGACAAGCAAAAACAUCGCCAGCAUCCCAGGUGGAUGGGACUUGCUAACCUUGGAUGGCAACUCAUCUAAAAGAAGGAAAACUCUGAAUUCAAAACCUGGAGAUGAAGUCCAGUGACAUUGACCCAAUUCAGGCAACUCCUGUGAUGCCACUGGUGCCAAGCUGUAUCAUCCAUGUAUGAUGUUCCUUGGGUUAUCCAUGUGUGUGGAGAGAGGUGAUUUGCUGUCUAGGGAACCAGCUUAUCACCCUUUAGAAAAUCAAAGGCCUCGUGUUUUCGUCCUGCCAAGUCCACACCGACAUCACAAUGUGAUUGGACGAAUGCCAAAAAAAAUGAGGUCGUUAUCAGAAAAACAAAGAUUUUUAUUAAAAAAUCACAUCCCAUUCCACUUUUAUAUUUUAUGAAUAGUUUUAUGUUAGGUAUUACAUUGCUUAAAAAAGUGAAGCUUAAUUGACUUACUAACAGGUACCACUAAUUUAUAAAAACAACUAAAUUAUAAUGUUAAUUAAAGUCAAACCAAUACAAUUUUAUAAGGGACAUGAAUAUUAUUAGGACCAGUCCAUGUACCUGUACAUGUAAUACAAAAAUAAGUUUGAUAAAAUUUACAAUUUUCAGGGAUUCCCCAUCUUCAGCAGUGCCGCUGUAUUUUACGUCCCUGUGGUGGCACUUUGGUACUUCCUGACUGGAGCGACAUCUUUCAUCAAUAUUUUUGUUCUCACUCAUUUGUGCCUGACAAUCUUCUGUUUUGGAGUUUCUUUCUUUUUCCUUGUGUGGCAAGUCGUCAUCAUCUCCAGAGGACAGACAUCGUACGAGGCGUGGAAACAAAUUAUGGCCUACAGGCGCAGAUCAGUUCUAGAGAACUUACACAGCGCGUUCGGAAAUCUUUUGGAGUUUUUACUGUGUCUUUUGCUUCCUGUUCGCUUAAAAAUGCCAGGGGAUGGAAUCAAGUGGACCAUAGAACCAAAAACAGAGAAGGGGCAAUAAGAAUAAAUGAUACUUGUGACGUUUGGGCCCAGUGUACAUUAAAAAAAAUGUUUAACUGUAAUUUGAUGCAGUGGGUUUACAUGUUGUCCAAUAAAUUAAUGUUAAUCAUUAGUAUGUAAGUGAAUGUUCAAAAUUGAGUAUUAUACUUUAUAAGCCAUUCUUUGUACGCUGUUAAUAUGGAGAUAUGAAGUGCAACCUUUAUACCAGUACUUGAGAUUGUACGUUAUUUUCCUCUUACUGGCACCGACGAAAUAAGAAAAUCCUAAAAAUUUCAGUGAAGAAUCCAAUUUUUUAAUAGAAAAUGAUUGAUCAAACAGAAUAACUUUGAUGUUGACCAAUUCAACUGUACUGGUACUAAUGAUCUAAUCACAAGACACUUAACAUUUUAGUUACUGAGUAUACUACAACAGAGAACUUGUCGAGUGCUGCUCGAUGUCUUCUUAGUGACAUUGUGUAAUUCAAUAAUUUUCAUUUUGUAAGCAUUUAGCCUGUUAAUUUUUAUGUGUCCAAUUCUCGAGCAACUUGAAAAAGGUUGCUGUUACCUAUGGAGGAACUCUCCAUAUUCCUUUAUCCGAUAUUUUUCAACAACAAAAAUCAUUACUAUGUAUUAAUAUCUAGGGCAUCCGCAUGUCCUUUAAAAUAUGUUUAAAAGUUUAUUUGCUGUCUAAUGAUUAAACUAAAUGUUUUAAAAGGUUUUUAAAAAAUGUCAUUAGGUUUAUCAUGUACAAUGUUGAAAACCUGACUGGCGCCCUUAGAGAGUUAAGUGACAAAAUGUAGGAUUUCCAACCGACCAGAUUUUAUCCAUGGUCAUGAAGUUGAACAUGUGGGAGAAUAAGGAUUAUUUGAAGAUGUGGGAGAUUAAGGAUAAAUUGAACUUGUGGGAGAUUAGGGAUAAAGGAUGGCCAAUCAAUGUUUUGAAAUUUGUAUUUUCAUUACAAAUUUUAGAUGUGCAAAUAAUUCCAGAAUGCUGUUGUAUUAAAUAUCUAUUUUUAAAAAAAAAACUUUUACAUUUAAUGUUGUUUUGCUACAUUUAUAUUUGUCUCUAAUUUUUGCUAGCCUUAGAGACUUAAAAAAUUUGUCUGAAAUAGGCGAAUGCUAUAUUUCUUUAUUGUAAUUGAUUAUGAUGAAGAAGUAGCAAUGGGUUCGGUGGAAAGACCAUCAGCAUCCUCAGAAAUAUUUACGGAAAGAUCCAUGAUUUUAACUUGUUUUU